UGCAGACAAAUCUGUCGAACCAUUCAGGACAAGUAUAAAAAAACAGAACCUGUCCGUCCUAACUUGUAUCUCAACAAACUCUCUGUUAUUCCCCUCUUUUCUUGAUCCUCAUUAUUCUUAUCUUUUCAUUUCUCUACUUUUUUGUACCUAAAAUGGAUCAGAAUCUCCAUCACCAGCCCAAACUCAUGCACCAAUGUUGCAGCCAUGAAGAAGAAGUUAAUAGUAUGGAGUGGGAGUUCAUCAGCAUGAGCAAACAAGAAGAAGAUCUUAUUUACAGGAUGCACAAGCUUGUUGGAGACAGGUGGGGGCUGAUAGCAGGAAGAAUACCAGGGAGAAGAGCAGAAGAAAUAGAAAGAUUUUGGAUAAUGAAACACAGUGAUGGCUUUGCACACAAGAGACGACAAUUAAGAAAAGUCUAGCACCUAUAUAAUCAUCUCAUUAUAAAACAAAAAAGCUUUUCAAUAAAGCAGAUUCUCUUUUCCAUUUUGUUUGGGACUGGACCCUACCGAUCAUUUUAUCUUUUCUUGUCUUCCAUUGUAUUGUAGUACUUCUUUUGGAUUUUUAUCUUAUGCCUUUUGGUGGUUGCUUUUA